CAUUUAUUGGACCAGUGAUGAAAGACCAAACAAGCUGGGAAUGGGUAAAUUGGUCUCCGUUUGCGUGGCAAUACUUGCCCGUAUUACUAGGACAUAUUGUGAUUUUCAAUCUGGGAUCAAAAUUGCUACCCGAAACUCUAUUCACUAUAUUCUACACCUUAAGCAGCAUUGCUGCAUGCGUGUACUACUUCACACCAUUUCUGGUCAUGGUUUCACUUGUUCAAGGAACUGUGAUGUUUUUGGCCUGCCAAUAUUUUAGAAGAAAAACCACCGUAUGGAUUUCAUCACUGCCGCUUCUCUAUUACAUGAUGCACCAAACAACGAAAUUCUCAGCCAACCCCUUCUUCAUCUACACCUUUGUCUCCUACAGUAUGCUUAGCUACGUCUCCUACAAUAUCGACACGAUCAAUGGUGCUGGACGUAAGGAAGACGACACGAUGCCAAAGCAGUAUCUGCGCAUGAUGUUCUACACAUUCUACCAGCCCUACCUCUUCUCUUUGAUUGUGCUCUAUGAAGAUUUCGAAAGACAAAUAGCAGCUAGGGAAGGAAAAGAGCGAGACUGGAGGAGUUGUAUUUUAUUCGCGGCCAGGAUCGCCCUAUGGUGGACAGUCAUGGAGGUGUCACUGCAUUUCUUCUAUCAUGAAGCUAUAAUGAGACACAUCGAAUACUCCAGCAAUUUACCGAAGGAUCAGCUGUUUUCACUAGCUUUGGCGAUUGGUGUAUUCUUCCAUAUGAAAUACGUGGUGAUCUUUGGCUUACCUACAAUCUUUGCGAAAAUCGACAAAAUGGAACCACAGCCGCCACCGAUCUGCAUUUCUCGAGUCAUGCUGUUUUCAAAAGUAUGGAGAGAGUUCGAUCGUGGCCUUUAUCAAUUCUUCAAAACCUACAUAUUCGUACCAAUCUGUCAACCAACUUUUUCUUUGACAAGGAAAGUCAUUGGAGUGCUAGUCUCAUACUCAUUCGUACUAUUAUGGCAUGGAUUCUACCAUCACAACAUCGUCUGGAUCAUUCUGAAUAUUUUCUCUUUGUUGUUGGAAAUGAGUGCGAAAUCGCUCUAUGCGAACAAAACAUUCCGUGAAUGGCGUGAAAGGGUCGUGAGCGAUGUGAAUUUUCGCCGAAUUCUUGCGCCACUUCACAUUGUUCCAUUCGCAGCUGGAAUGUAUUCAAACAUAUAUUUCCUGGGAGGCUCACAAACAGGCUAUUUGUUCGUGAAGAAAAUCUUUGAAGAGGAAACAAUUCCUGUUAGGUGGCCGUUUAUACUACUCAUCACUAUCGGCUACUUCUACUCUCAUGUUUGCAUGGAAGUCGAUCGACUAAAGGAUUCGCGGACGGUGAAGCAGACCGAAGAAGCUGCCAAGAAGAAGAAAUAA